AUUAAAGACAAAUAUAUAUAAGUGGAUUACCCAAAUAUCAUUUUGUUCAUUAUGUGUGUAUCGUUUUAUGUUUGUUUGCUUCUAGACACGGCAAUAGCUCAGCAAGCUAACUACUCCUAUACAAAACUAUACAAUAAUAUUACUCAUGUGCAUAUUAGCCUAUAUCCAUAUCUACACAACAUUAACCAGUGAUUUAAUGGCGGAAGUAAGAGAUCUCUGCAACUUCUGACCAAAGUAAGGAAUUUUGUCUACUCUGUUCUUGUAUUUUGUUUCUUCUAGGGUUUGGAACCUUCUCCAACAGCUCAAUUUGGACACCAAAAGUUUCAAAUUUGGUUUUCCAAACUCGUUAAACAAGUAGUUAUAUCGAGUACAUAAAUUAAAGUUGAAGCCGAAUUCCGAAAGCUUAGAUGCGGUUUCUAUUUUUGGAUGUGGAACAUAUGGUGAUGGAUCAGGUUAUGGAGAUCUGUUUUUGCUAUGUUUAGAUAUUAACUUGUUAAGUUACUGUUAGUUAUAGUUCUAAAGCUCUGUAAACUCUAAAGUAUUGAUGAAUGUAUUUCCGAUUCAUUGUGUAUUCUUCGUCUUUUAGUGUAUACGUUUUCGUCGGAAUGUGUGUAGUUGCCGUGUGUAAUCGGAAUUUGAAACCGGAGGUUAGUUUUCAGGCGGAUUAGGUUUUUUAUACAAGAUGCCGUUUGGUAGGAAUGAGAGGAUUCGAUUUAGUAAAAUUUAUUCUCUUUCGUGUUUCCGACCUUCAACAAGUGAUGAACAUGCUCAAAUCGGGCAAAAGGGAUACUCUAGAGUUGUGUAUUGCAAUGAUCCCGAGAAUCCAGAGGCACUUCAGCUCAGAUACCGGAGUAAUUACGUGUCGACGACGAAGUACACAGCGAUCAAUUUCAUUCCGAAGUCUUUGUUUGAACAGUUUAGGCGCGUUGCAAAUAUUUACUUUCUUGUUGUAGCUUGUGUUUCGUUUAGUCCAUUGGCACCCUUUCGAGCUUCCAGUAUCCUUUUUCCUCUUCUGGUCGUGAUUGGGGCAACCAUGGCAAAAGAAGGCGUCGAAGAUUGGAGACGUCGGAAACAGGACAUAAAGGCCAACAAUAGAAAGAUCCAAGUAUACAGAGGCCACUCAUUUUCUCAAAGCAAAUGGAAAGAUUUACGAGUUGGUGAUCUUGUUAAAGUGAAUAAAGAUGAGUAUUUUCCAUCAGAUCUUCUUCUCCUUUCAUCAAGCUACCCAGAUGGGAUCUGUUAUGUUGAAACCAUGAAUCUAGAUGGAGAAACUAAUCUGAAAUUAAAACACGCAUUCGAUUUCACAUCUUCUUUAAACAACGACACCUCCUUUCACCAAUUCAAAGCAGUUGUCAAAUGUGAAGAUCCAAAUGAAGAUCUUUACUCAUUCAUUGGAAGCUUAUCCUACAAUGGUCAACAGCAUCCACUUUCACUUCAACAGAUUCUAUUAAGAGAUUCCAAAUUAAGAAACACAGAGUAUGUAUACGGAGUGGUGAUUUUCACAGGACAUGAUACUAAAGUCAUGCAGAAUGCAACAGAUCCUCCUUCAAAGAGAAGUAAGAUAGAAAAAAGAAUGGAUAAAAUAAUCUACAUUCUUUUCACCACUUUGAUUUCAAUAUCUUUCAUCGGAUCAAUCUUUUUUGGCAUAAGAACAAGUCGAGACUUAAACCAUGGAAGUUAUGGAAGAUGGUAUCUUGAACCCACAAGAACAACUGCUCUUUAUGAUCCAAAAAGACCAAUUCUAGCUGCAUUUCUUCAUUUCUUAACAGGGUUAAUGUUAUACGGAUACUUAAUCCCAAUAUCUUUAUACGUUUCCAUUGAAAUGGUAAAAGUAUUACAAAGCAUAUUCAUAAAUCAAGAUCAAGAUAUGUAUCAUGAAGAAACAAACAAACCAGCUAGAGCUAGAACAUCAAAUUUAAACGAAGAACUCGGUCAAGUUGACACAAUUCUUUCAGACAAAACUGGAACAUUGACAUGUAAUUCAAUGGAGUUUGUUAAAUGUUCAAUAGGAGGUGUUGCUUAUGGACGUGGGAUGACAGAAGUGGAGUUAGCUCUUGCAAAGAGGAAAAACACGGGCAGCCCGGGCAGCCAUGGUGAUACCUCGGGCAGCCAUGGUGGUGAUAAUGUGAAAUCAGGGAAGUUGAUUAAGGGUUUUAACUUUAGGGAUGAGAGGAUAAUGAAGGGAGAAUGGGUUAAUGAAAGUAACUCAGAUAUUAUACAGAAGUUCUUUAGAGUUUUGGCUAUUUGUCAUACAGCAAUACCUGAAGUUAAUAAGGAAACAAAUGAACUUUCAUAUGAAGCUGAAUCACCUGAUGAAGCUGCUUUUGUUAUAGCUGCAAGAGAACUUGGUUUUGAAUUCUUUCAAAGAACACAAACAAGAAUCUCUUUGCAUGAAUGUGUAAAUGGCCAAAAGGUUGACAGAUCAUAUGAGCUCCUAAACAUGAUAGAAUUCAACAGUUCUCGAAAGAGAAUGUCAGUAAUCAUAAGAAACACUGAAAAUCAACUAUUAUUACUCUGCAAGGGUGCUGACAGUGUCAUGUUUGAAAGACUUUGUAAAGAAAGUCAACCCUUUGAAGAGGAAACAAAGAAUCAUAUCAACAAAUAUGCAGAGGCAGGUUUAAGGACUUUGGUGAUUGCAUAUCGUGUUCUUGAAGAAGAAGAAUAUAAAAAAUGGGAAGAAGAGUUUAUAAAAGCUAAAACUUCAGUGUCUGUUGAACGUGAUGAUUUGGUGGAUGCUGCUGCUGAAAAGAUUGAAAGAAACUUGAUUUUACUUGGUGCUACAGCUGUUGAAGAUAAACUUCAAAAGGGGGUUCCUGAAUGCAUACAAAAACUUUCAAAUGCUGGAAUUAAGAUGUGGGUUUUAACUGGUGAUAAAAUGGAGACUGCAAUAAACAUAGGAUACGCAUGUAGUUUGCUUAUUCAAGGAAUGAAGCAAAUUGUGAUCACAUUAGACUCACAUGAUAUUACAGCUUUAGAAAAGCUAAACAACAAGGAAGCCAUUACAAACGCAAAGAGAGAGAGCAUAAGGAAGCAAUUAAUGGAAGGAAGAUCACAACUUGAUUUAGCUAAAAGUAGCUCUGUGUUGUUUGCUUUGAUAAUUGAUGGAAGAUCUUUGACUUUUGCUCUUGAAAAAAAUCUUGAAAGUUUGUUUUUGGAUGUUGCAAUUGAUUGCAAAUCUGUUAUCUGUUGUCGAUCAUCCCCAAAACAAAAAGCUCUUGUUACUAAAAUGGUAAAAGAAGGAACACGAAAGACAACAUUAGCAAUUGGUGAUGGUGCAAAUGAUGUUGGGAUGCUUCAAGAGGCUGACAUUGGAGUUGGAAUAAGUGGUGCAGAAGGAAUGCAGGCUGUAAUGGCAAGUGAUUUUGCCAUAGCUCAAUUUCGUUUUCUUGAAAGAUUAUUAUUGGUACAUGGACAUUGGUGCUACAGACGAAUAGCUAUGAUGAUAUGCUAUUUCUUCUACAAAAACAUUGCUUUUGGGUUCACACUAUUUUGGUUUGAGGCACAUGCUUCAUUCUCGGGUCAACCCGCUUACAAUGAUUGGUACAUGUCAUUUUACAAUGUUUUCUUCACUUCACUUCCUGUCAUUGCUCUUGGUGUUUUUGAUCAAGAUGUUUCAGCACGACUUUGCCUAAAGUACCCGAUGCUAUACCAAGAGGGAGUACAAAACAUCCUCUUCAACUGGCCAAGAAUCCUAGGAUGGAUGUUCAACGGACUCUUAAGCUCCAUGAUAAUCUUCUUCAUAUGCAAAAACUCCACAAUCCACCAAGCCUUCCGUUCAGAUGGCCACGUCAUCGACUACGAAAUCCUAGGUGUCAUAAUGUACACAUGUGUCGUCUGGGCUGUCAACUGCCAGAUGGCACUUUCCAUCAACUACUUCACAUGGAUCCAACAUUUUUUCAUUUGGGGUAGCAUCUUCUUUUGCGUGUGCACCAACGCCGUUUUUUUGGAUGACAACGUUGUUGGUUGUUGUGUCGACGCUUUUGCCGUAUUUUCUUUAUAG